AUCUUUCCCCCCACCCAGCCCACCUCCAGGCUGGGAAGGUGAGGAUUCUUCCUCCCACACCCUACCCCAUCUCACCUGCGCCUCCGCCCUGGCGGAAGAGGCAUGGGUGAACACCCAGACCCACAACCCCCGACCCUGCAGGCUUUGGGCACGAAAACACGUGGAUCGGCCUGAACGACAGGAUCGUGGAGAGGGAAUUUCCAGUGGACGGGACAACACCGGGCUGCAAUUCGAGAACUGGCGAGAGAACCAGCCGGACAAUUUCUUUGCGGGUGGCGAGGACUGUGUGGUGAUGGUGGCGCAUGAAAGCGGGCGCUGGAAUGAUGUCCCCUGCAACUACAACCUACCCUAUGUCUGCAAGAAGGGCACAGCCAGACGUUCACAUCGGAUGCGGGCGACACCACCACCUACCACCAACACACCAACCAGCAUCACCACCACAAAUUCCCACCAAGGACGCAGAAACACAAGAAAGCACCCAUGGAGACUGGGAGAGAGGAUGAAGGAAAUUUACUGCUGA